GAAGGGGCCAUCCACAAACUGUUCCCCACAAAGUUGGGAGCAUGAAAUUGUCCAAAAUGUCUUGGUAUGCUGACACCUUAAGUGUUCCCUUCACUGGAACUAAGUCUUUAGCUAUUGACUGUGCAGACCCCGCUCUGUCAUCUUACGUGGCCUACCACUUCAUGGUUGAGUUGCUGCUGUUCCCAGUUGCCUCCACUUUGUUAUAACACCACUAACAGUUGACCAUGUAAUAUUUAGUAACAAGGAAAUUUCACAGAUGGACUCAUUGCACAGGUGGCAACCUAUCACGGUACCACGCUUGAAUUCACUGAGCUCCUGAAAGCGACCCAU